AUGAGUCAAGCCUCGUCCAAUUGGCUGAACCUUAAGAAGAAACUGCCUAAGCCUGUCGCUAGUGAGAACCACCACCCAAAACGUAAACGCAGUGGGAGUAUUAGUAGUAGUAGCAAUACAGAGAAGAAGACGAGAAUGUCGAAUUACGAUAACGAUGCACACGAUACACAGGAUAUACAAACUACACACACCACUCUCGCUAAACCUACGCCAUCCAUCCUCCCCACCCAAGUCUCCGGGAUUAAGGCAGAAAUAGGCAAAUAUCUAGCAAUGGAUUGUGAAAUGGUUGGCGUGGGUAGAGACGGUGAAGAGAGCGUUCUCGCACGCGUCUCCAUCGUCAACUACCACGGUGCUGUCAUCUACGACACCUUUGUCCGUCCAGUGGAGAAAGUGACUGAUUUUCGUACCUGGGUUAGUGGUGUGACAUUCAAAGACGUUGAGAAAGCACCCACCUUCUCCCACGUACAAAAACACGUCUCAGAUUUACUCCACAAUCGUAUUCUCGUCGGUCACGCGAUCGCUAACGACCUUAAAGCCCUCCUUCUCACUCACCCUCCCCUGUCUAUACGUGACACUGCUAAAUACGAGCAGCUCCACUCUAUAGCUAAAACUAAAAGACCGAAAUUGAAAGCACUGGCUAAGUUGGUAUUGGGUAUUGACAUUCAGGAGAACGAACACAGCUCUGUGAUAGAUGCACAGGCUACGAUGGAAGUUUACAAGCGAUACCAGUCCCUCUGGGAGGCUACUCUUGCUCGACAAGCUAAGAUAUUCCAGGCCAAGAAGGGCGGCAAGAAGGGUUCAAGUGGCAAGAAAAGCAACAAUGGCGGCAAGAAGAAAAAUACUGUGGAUGUCAACUCUAGCAGCACACCCACACCUGCCUCAGCUGGCGACUGGUGGAAUCAGUCUGCCAUGACCACAGCGUGA